ACCAAACACGCAACGGGAUGGAAUCAAGAAAAAUUUGAUAGUAAAUACAUUCAUUAAACGACAUAGGAGAAUCAAGAUUGUGCCGACUAACAAGUCACCAUCUAGUGAACUGGCUGAUGAAAACAAUGAAGUCGCCCACUAUAUAUGUACGAAGUUAGGCUGCAAGUUACUCAAAUAUAAUCAAUAUCAAGAAAUAGUGUGUGAAAAAAAAAAAAAAGAGAAUGGAAUUCGCUUGUAAGGAUUUUAAGGUAGGAAAGUGUGAAGGUGAAAAGCUUGUGCAUAGUGAAACCAUGCCACUAGUACUACAACCUCCGGCAGCUGAGAAAAAUGAUGCGGACUCAUUAGUCGCGGCGUUGAAGGAGAACAAGGAGUGGUUUGAGGAGAUGAUAAUCAAAAACAGUGCUGUCCUCCUCCGGGGUUUUGAUGUGAAGAGUGCAGUGGACUUCAAUGAGAUUAUAGAAGCCUUUGGAUGGGACGAUAUACGGUAUGUGGGACCCGCACCACGAACACACGUGUAUAAAAGGGUAUGGACAGCCAAUGAAGGUCCCCUUUCUGAGUUCAUAUACUACCACCAUGAAAUGGUUCUGAUAACGGAAUCACCAAAAAAGGUGAUACUGUAUUGUGAAAUACCGCCACCAGAGGGCGGAGAGACGCCAUUCGUGCCUAGUUUUCGAGUAACAGAACGAAUGCUGGAAGAGUUUCCAGACGUGGUGGAGGAUCUAGACAAGAAAGGACUGAUGUAUUCAUUCACGGCUCUCAGCAAGAACGAUACAUCUUCGAUGAGAGGCCGAGGUUGGGAGGAUACUUUUGGCACCUCAGACCCUAAAGAAGCAGAGAAGAGGGCUAGUGCGUUGGGGAUGGAUUUGGAAUGGCUACCAAAUGGUGGGGUUAAGGCCGUUUUGGGUCCAAGAAGUUUGACAAGGGUGUUCGAUGGAAGAAAGGGAAGAAGAAUGUGGUUCAACACCAUGGUUGGAAUGCACGGCAAGGAGCACAGCUCGGCAAAAAUGGCUGAUGGAACCGAAAUACCUACUAAGUUUGUUAAGAGAUGUGAAGAGAUUAUUGAAGAAGAAAGCAUCCAAUUCAAAUGGCAGAAGGGCGAUGUGCUCUUUUUGGAUAACAUGGCUUUGCUUCAUGGAAGACGACCAUCUCUUCCACCUAGAAAAGUCUUGGUUACUACAUGCAAAUAAGCUUAAAAUCGAUGACCUAUUAAGCAAAUAAAGAAAUAAAAUAAACAGCUAUGAAAUAAUGUUUCUUUGGAGAUUGAAUAAUGAUAUCUAGCAUCAUUAGUGGUGCUACAAUAUGAGUGUAAGUGACACUAUGUGAUAAGCUCAAUAAAAGUAAAAUUAUGUAA